GCAAGAGAGCACUGGCCCUCCCGUGCAGCGCAUCACUGCUUCUCUGGCAGGGCUUGGUGGCCCCGUGUGAACCAAGGGACAACUUUUAACCGCACCACUGGGAGUGCGCUUGCUGGGACCUCGACUCGCCUCAGCUCUCCAGAGACUGGUGGAGGGGGUGGGGGCGAGUCUUUCUCACCAGUAACAAAGCCUGCUACGAACCUGGAAAAGAGAAACUUGAGUGGUGCAAAGGUUGAGAGCUAAAGGGCAGGAGAGGACAGAGGAGCAACCGAAGCCAGGGGAAACAAGAAAAAAGAAAGGAAGAAAAAGAAAAGGAAGAAGCAGCUGGGGAGAACCCCUUGAACUUAAGAGGGAGGAGUCCAUCAUCGCGGAAAAUCGGGCGAAAGCGCAAAGGUGCUGAACACCAAGCUAAGCCAGCAGGGCGAUCUGCAGGGCUGGGUCUAACAGCACCUUGGGUCACGCCUCCUUGGCGAGAAGGCGUCUGGCCUUUGAUUGCUUCCAGGGAUUGCAGAACUUCCUGCCCGCCAGAGGAGCGGGUCUCACUGGGGUCGCCUUUGCUCCGGGCUUGAGGCUUAAGACUGAGUUCUAAAGAGUCCCGAGUGUCUGCUCCAGAAAGGGUUGGGGGACUGUUUCUGUGAGGAGCCCACGCACCCUACUUGAGGGAUUGAGUGUCGGCGUCCUCACUCUCCUGGCAUUUCCCAUCUUUCAGGGCUCCACCCAACUCCGGGAACCCCUCACCCGGAGAUGGCCGCGCUGAUGCGGGUCAAGGAUUCAUCCCGCUGUCUUCUCCUACUGGCCGCGGUGCUGAUGGUGGAGAGCUCACAGCUAGGCAGCUCACGGGCCAAACUCAACUCCAUCAAGUCCUCUCUAGGAGGGGAGACUCCUGCUCAGGCUGCCAACCGAUCUGCGGGCAUGAACCAAGGACUGGCUUUCGGCGGCAGUAAGAAGGGCAAAAGCCUGGGGCAGGCCUACCCUUGCAGCAGUGAUAAGGAAUGCGAAGUUGGAAGGUACUGCCACAGUCCCUACCAAGGAUCAUCAGCCUGCAUGGUCUGUCGGAGGAAAAAGAAGCGAUGCCAUAGAGAUGGGAUGUGUUGCCCUGGUACCCGCUGCAAUAACGGCAUCUGCAUCCCAGUCACCGAGAGCAUCCUCACCCCACAUAUCCCAGCUCUGGAUGGCACUCGGCAUAGAGAUCGCAACCAUGGUCACUAUUCCAACCAUGACCUGGGAUGGCAGAAUCUAGGAAGGCCACACUCCAAGAUGCCUCAUAUAAAAGGACACGAAGGAGACCCCUGCCUGCGGUCAUCAGACUGCAUUGAUGGGUUUUGUUGUGCUCGCCACUUCUGGACCAAAAUCUGCAAACCAGUGCUCCAUCAGGGGGAAGUCUGUACCAAACAACGCAAGAAAGGUUCACAUGGGCUGGAGAUUUUCCAGAGGUGUGACUGUGCAAAGGGCCUGUCCUGCAAAGUGUGGAAAGAUGCCACCUACUCUUCCAAAGCCAGACUCCAUGUAUGCCAGAAGAUCUGAUAAACACUGGAAGAGUCAUCACUAGCAGACUGUGAAUUUGUGUAUUUAAUGCAUUAUGGCAUGAUGGAAAACCUGGAUUAGAAUGCAGAAGAGUGAGGAAUGUGGUAAGAAUGUGGAGCAGAAGAGUGCAGGACUGAAUUAAGUAGAGACAGUGACAACUUAAGCAUGACCAGUGUUUCCAUUAUGCACCUUGUUUAUGUAAAUAAUGUACACAUUUGUGAAAAUGCUAUUAUUAAAAGAAAGCACACCAUGGAAAUUACUGACGAA